AUGUUGAUGAUGGAUGAGGAUGGGUAUUUAUUUUUUGUGGACCGAACAGGAGAUACUUUUAGAUGGCGUGGUGAGAAUGUCUCCACUAUGGAAGUGGAAGGAGUUAUUAGCAACAUUUUGGGACUGACUGAUUCCGUCGUCUAUGGUGUAAUGGUUCCAGGUUGUGAAGGUCGUGCUGGAAUGGCUGCUAUAUGUGAUCCUGAAAAUGUUGUAGAUUUGAAGUAUUUGUUGGACGAAAUGACCAAAGUUUUACCUUCCUAUGCCAUCCCUCAAUUCAUAAGAAUACGUGAUAAAUUAGAGUCCACAGGUACAUUUAAAUUAAAGAAAGUUGAUCUUCAGAAGGAAAGCUUUGAUCCGUCUGUAGUCGCUGACCCAUUGUAUUACUUGGAUAAAAAGUUAGGUGCUUAUGUUCCAUUAAAUGUAGAGUCAUAUUCAAAGAUUUGCAAAGGACAGAUUCGACUUUGAGUUCAAAUGACUUUUUCAGAACAAUGUAAAAAUAUUUUGUGAUCAACGCAUGUUUGUAUGUAGUUUGUUCAUUAGCCAAGCUGUAAAUCAUCUGCCCAAAUGUUUUGUUCCUUAAAAUGUGGAGACUUCUAUGGAUUAUUUAUGAAUUUUAUUCAAAGGAAGUGAAAAUCUAUGAUUUUUAUUGUCAGAUAUUUAUAGAUAUUUUUAGAUGCUUUAGUGUAUACAUAUUAGUGUUAAUGGAAGCUUCAGAGAAAAAUAUUUUCAAUGAAUUAUAUUUAAAACUUGUGGAUUCAGUAUUUUUCGUACUUUAAAGAGAAAAAAAUGGCAAAUUUCCCUGAGCAAAUAAUCAAUGUUUCAAAUGUUUUUCAGUCCUUGAAGAAUACUCAAAAAAAGUUUUUCUUGUAUUUAAACAUUGUGAAAUAUGUCUAGAGAUUUUCCAGCUUCACAGCAUUAUUUUCCAUGCCUUGUAUCUUCCACUAUUCAUUCAUUUUCAAAUCAUUGGUCACAGAUGCUGAAAAUUUUGCCUCAUUCCUUCCAUACUGCAUUAGUUUUAGGAAAAAAUGAAUUGCACUUUUAACAAUUUUUGUAAGUGUUGAGCGGCAAAACAAUUUACAUACUCCUAUUUUAAACAUUACAAAUUUCACAUUUUUGAAGUAUUUGAAAUUUAUUUUUGUCAUAAGAAAACAUACUUUUUAAAAGUUUUUUUUUUCUUUUGAAUCUCUUAUAAUAUUCAUGGUUCAGAAGUUUUUGUGUAUGUGAUAUUUAUUUAAUUUUCUUUUUACUUUCCUUUCUAGUUUUUCUUUCUUUCCAUUUCUUUCCCAUUUUUUAAAAUUAUUGCAUUUAGGAAAAAAAAUCUUCAGUUUUAUGUGCCAUGAUCUUUUUGCGAAAUUUUCGGAUUGAAAAAUUAGGAGAUUUUGUCUUUUUAAAACCAUUUAUGAUAAUAAUGUAUGAUUUUUUUUUCUAUUGCUUUUCAAAUAUUUUCUUGGUGCAUAUAGAUCAUCUUAGUUUAAGAAAAAAAAUUAUGUUGUUCCUCUUUAAAUGUUUGUGUUCUAAUGUAUUUAAAAUGUUUGUUCAAU